AUGGAGAAAGACACGGCGACGACGGCGACGGCGACAGCGGCGGCGAGGGUGUGCCGGCGGUGCAAGGCGAAGUACUCCCCGUCGGACAACACGCCGCGGUCCUGCAGGUUCCACCCCUCCUUCUUCGUCUGCCGCCGCCACGACGACCAGAAGAGGUACUACGAGCUCAAAGACGGCGAUCCUCCGUACGCCGCCAAGUUCUACGACUGCUGCGGCGCCGAGGACCCCGACGCCGCCGGCUGCGCCACCGGAUUCCACCUCUCCUACGACGACCCCGAGUAA